GUGAAAACGAAAAACCUCUCUCGAUUUCUCUCUCUCUCUCCCUCUCUCUCUCUCUGUAUCGCCAGCAAUCCCUGCAGUUUCUGACCCGACCUCUCUCUCUUCACACCACAGUAUUGAUAAUUACCAGAAGAAGGUAUGUUCGUUAUAUAGCUCAUGGGAAUACACUAGUUGGUCCAAAUGUACUCGAAAAGAUCAGGUGAAGGCGAUGAGCCUGAUUCAAGGCCGGUUCGUACAAGUGAUAGACUCAGGAGUAGGCCAAAGUUUUAUAACCGCCCUUACUUGUAUUAUUCUCCUACUAUAAUACGUUCCAAGAGAAAAAAGACCAAGACAAGGACCGCAGCUGCACAAAUAGUAAAGAUGUUGCAUCAAAAUAGAACAUCAAAAGCAAACUCUGGGUCAAGCAGUCUUAGGCGCUCCACUAGGAAGAGGAGGGUUCCUAUUAGCCUUGAACAAUACACAGAUAGUUCUGGAUCAGAGGAUAAUGACUUAAUGAUGCCUAGGUAUAGAAGGUCUAGAAAGAGAAUAAAAAGUAAUAUCGCAAGUCAAGAUGAGUUAACACCUCGCCGUGAAGGGCUAAGGCCUCGUCGGGAAGGACUUCGACCCCGACGCUCAAGAACAGGUUCUAGAGAAGGAUUAAGUAUGGAGUCUGGCGAAGACCAAAGCACAUCCAACGACGAAGGGGCAAAUGACGAGCCAGAAGAUGCAAAGGACAUGGAGGAAAAUGAUGCUGGUGAUGGAGAGGGUGAAGAUGAAGAUGGUGCUGGUGAGGAUGAUGAUGAAGAUGGAGAGGAAGAUGGUGACGAUGAAGAAGGCGAAGAACAAGAGGGUAGACGGAGAUAUGACCUACGCAAUCGGGCAGAGGUUCGCAGGCUCUCCAUUGAGCAGGGUAAACAAAUACCAAGAUCUCCACGUAGAGUACUUCAUCAAGGAAUGGGAACCAAAGUAGGCAGGGAUGGGAGGAGGGGGGGAUCUCGAGUUCAUAAACGUCAUCGCAUGACACGAACUGAAGACUCUGAUGAUUCCCUUCUAGUAGAUGAGCUUGAUCAAGGUCCUCCAAUACCUUGGGGAAGAAGUGGCAGCAGAUCUGGACCGCCUUGGCUGCUUGGGGGACUAGAGAUGCAAGGGACAACAUCGUGGGGUUUAAAUGUUGCCGCCUCUGGUUGGGGCCAUCAAAAUGAUGCAAUUUCCAAUUUAACUUCUGGUACCCAAACUGCUGGUCCAAGCUCUAAAGGAGGGGCUGAUAUUCAGCCUGUUCAAAUCGACGAGACUGUUAGUUUUGAGGAUAUAGGUGGCCUGUCUGAGUAUAUUGAUGCGUUGAAGGAAAUGGUUUUCUUCCCACUGUUAUAUCCAGAAUUUUUUGCAAGCUACAACAUUACUCCACCUAGGGGAGUUUUAUUAUGCGGUCCUCCUGGAACAGGGAAGACAUUGAUUGCGAGAGCAUUGGCUUGUGCUGCUUCAAAGGCUGGGCAGAAAGUCAGCUUCUAUAUGCGAAAAGGUGCUGAUGUGCUGAGCAAAUGGGUUGGAGAAGCUGAAAGACAGUUGAAAUUACUGUUUGAAGAAGCUCAAAAGAAUCAGCCUUCUAUAAUCUUUUUUGAUGAAAUAGAUGGGCUUGCUCCCGUUAGGUCUAGCAAACAGGAGCAAAUUCACAAUUCGAUUGUUUCAACUUUGCUUGCCUUAAUGGAUGGUCUUGACUCUCGUGGACAAGUAGUCUUGAUUGGAGCUACCAACAGAGUUGAUGCCAUUGAUGGUGCCUUGAGGCGUCCUGGAAGAUUUGACCGCGAGUUCAACUUUCCCUUGCCCGGUUGUGAAGCACGAGCGGAAAUCUUGGAUAUACAUACUCGUAAGUGGAAGCAUCCUCCUUCAGAGGAACUAAAACUGGAGCUUGCAGCUAGCUGUGUUGGAUACUGUGGAGCUGACUUAAAGGCUUUAUGCACUGAAGCUGCAAUACGUGCCUUUCGCCAAAAAUAUCCUCAAGUUUACACUAGCGAUGACAAAUUUUUAAUAGAUGUCGAUUCUGUGACGGUGGAGAAAUAUCAUUUUUUAGAGGCCGUGUCCACAAUCACACCUGCUGCCCACAGAGGCUCCAUUGUGAACUCUAGGCCCUUAUCACCUGUUGUUUUGCCGUGUCUACAAAGACUUCUGCAAAAGGCAAUGAGUAUUAUUUCUGACAUAUUCCCUGCUAUAAACGCUUCAUCUGAGGUCACCAAGCUUUCCAUGAUUUCCUUUGGAUCUGCAAUCUCUCUUGUUUAUAGGCCGAAGCUUCUACUGCAUGGUGGAGAUGGUGUCGGACUGGACCACAUAGGGCCUGCAAUUUUACAUGAGUUGGAGAAGUUUCCGGUUCACUCUCUCGCACUACCAUCUCUACUUGCUGAUCCUGGUGCCAAAACGCCCGAGGAAGCAUUGGUGCAUGUCUUUGGCGAAGCCAGGAGAACUACACCAUCAAUACUGUAUUUGCCUCAAUUCCACCUUUGGUGGGAGAGUGCUCACGAUCAGCUCAGGGCUGUACUUCAGACGCUGUUGGAAGAAUUACCAUCUGACUUGCCGAUACUACUAUUGGGAACAUCCUCUACUCCACUUGCUGAGAUUUGUGAUAAUCCAUCAAUAUUCUCUGACCGCAACGUUUUGCACUUAAGCUCACCAUCGACCGAGGAUAGAUCUUUAUUUUUUGACCGUCUGAUAGAAGCGGCAUUGUCAGUUCAGUCUGAGUUACGAGUCAAGGAUUCAGCUAGACCUGCGGGCCUUCCUGAACUUCCAAAAGCACCAAAAGUGGCUACUGGACCUAAAGUCUCUGAAUUAAGGGCUAAAGCUGAAGCUCAGGCUCAUGCUCUUCGCCGACUCCGCAUGUGUCUUCGUGAUGUUUGCAAUCGGAUUCUUUAUGAUAAGCGUUUUAGUGCCUUCCAUUAUCCAGUCACGGAUGAAGACGCACCAAAUUAUCAUGCCAUAAUCCAGAGCCCUAUGGAUAUAGCUACUUUGCUGCAGCAUGUCGACAGUGGGAAGUAUAUCACUUGUAAAUCAUACCUGGAGGAUUUUGAUCUCAUUUUAACUAAUGCCAAGAAAUACAACGGAGAUGAUUACAAUGGAGCAAGGAUCGUCAGUAGAGCUCAUGAACUUCGAGAUGCUGUUCAUGGUAUGCUAUCCCAGAUAGACCCCUCCUUGGUUGGAUUUUGUGACAAGAUUGCAGAUGAAGGUGGUCCUGUCUCCUUGCCCGAUGACAUAGGCGGAUCUUCACUGCUACAAACUCCAGUUGUUCAAAUGAUGUCUGUUACUAGGGCAAGUGCCCGUCUCCGAAAUGUUCAGCCUGAAGUUAAUCUAGACCAAAGCUAUGAAGCAAUCAAAAAAUCGAAGAAAAAUAAUGACGCCUCUCAAACGGUUCCGGUGGUGGAAGAGGGAUCUGAGGCUGAGUUAGUCCCACCAAAGCCGUAUGAAGAUGCGGAAGAAACGAACGAUUCAGAUCAGCCGAGGGUGGAAAUUGAAGCUGCCGAAAAUGAAAAGUCCGAUUGUGACGGUGGAUUUGUGCCGCAAGAUGCUAACAUGGCAGAUGGGGAGAUCUCCACUCAAGUUGAGACCAUCAAGCAGCUGCUUCUGGAGCGUUCUAAAGAUUACGGUGUUCCACAGCUCGAGCAAUUGUACACGCGCGUAAUGAAGGGCGUUUUCGAGACAAAGAGUAGGGCUAAUGUCGAAGAUCUUAGAGCUUCGAUUUUGAGUUUUUUGUUUGAGUUUGCGGAGGAUCGAUCCAGGUUCUAGUACGAAUCCAUUCGAUCCAGGUUCUAGUACGAAUCCAUUCUCUAUUUUUUGAAAUUACGAAUUUUCCAACUUCAUGGGAUUUGAGUAUAUUAUUAGUCAUUUAAGCGUCA